AUGCUGCCCCGUUUCUUGUUCCUCUCCAAGAAUAUCAGCCUUCCGCUGGUGUCCCUGCGCAGCGCGCGCCGGGGCUUCGCGCUCCUGCCGCUCUGGGUCUCCAGGCGCCCCUCGCGCCCCGGGCCCACUGCCCCCCUGCGCCUGCUGGCCGCAGCCGCCUCCUCCUGGGACCCAGCUGGGCCCGCCUCUGCCCACUCCCGGGUGCGCCAGAACUUCCACCCCGACUCCGAGGCUGCCAUCAACCGCCAGAUCAACCUGGAGCUCUAUGCGUCCUACGUGUACUUGUCCAUGGCCUAUUACUUCUCCCGAGAUGACGUGGCCCUGAACAACUUCGCCAGGUAUUUCCUUCGCCAGUCCCGGGAGGAGACCCAGCACGCGGAAAAGCUGAUGAGGCUGCAGAACCAGCGGGGAGGCCGGAUCUGCCUGCAGGACAUCAAGAAACCUGACCAGGACGACUGGGAAAGCGGGCUGAAUGCCAUGGAGUGUGCGCUGCUCUUGGAAAAGAACGUGAACCAGUCGUUGCUCGAAUUGCACACUUUGGCCUCAGACAAAGGUGACCCCCAUUUGUGCGACUUCCUGGAAACUCACUAUCUGAAUGAGCAGGUGAAGUCUAUCAAAGAACUAAGUGACCACGUGCAAAAUUUGGUUAAGAUGGGGGCCCCGGAUUCUGGCCUGGCAGAGUACCUCUUUGACAAGCACACCCUUGGAGAUGAAAACAAUCAGAACUAAGUAAGCCACAGGCUGCCUUCCUCACUACCCAAGCUGAGCCAAGACCCAGAGUCCACACACUCCUGCUUUCUAUCCCUUAAAAUGAACCUCUAUCUUUAUACCCUGUUAUGCUGUCCCAAUAAAGUGACUUGUAGAGAAAAU